GCCCCAGUGCUACCCCCGCCCUCUAGCCACCCAGCCAGCCAGCCUGCCUCGGAUCGCACAGCAAAGUUGGGAUGGGGGGCAGGAGCUGCAGCCCUACGCCAGAACAGACACCUGCAUUAUAGAGCAAACUUUUCUCUUCCUUGGUAAAGUUACAUUUGCCUUUUUUCUUUCUUUAAAGAAAAAAAGAAAAGAAAAGAAAAAAAAAAAGGAGCCUUUUAUUCUGUUUCCCCGGCUGUGUCCGGGCGAGGCGGAGCAGAAGAGCGCAUGGAAGGGAUGCUGCAUUUCCCCAAAGGGUUCUCGGGGUAGACGGCCCCGGCCCUCUGAGUCCUCACUCGCUGCGCUCCUGCAGUCUUGACACAGAGAAAUAUGAUGAGUAUCUAAGAUGGAAACUUCCACCUCAACCACUGCUGCUGAGAAGAAAGAAGCCAAAAGUGCAAUUCUGGAGGGGAAUGGUUUUACCAACACAGGAAAGAAAGCUUCUCCUUUAACUGUGGCAGCAGCGGCAGCGGCAGCAGCAUCGACUGCCCAAGGAGUGCCACAACACCUACUUCCAGCGUUCCACGCUCCCUUACCGAUUGACAUGCGACAUCAGGAGGGAAGAUAUCAUUACGAACCUCACUCUAUCCAUGCUAUUCAUGGGCCUCCUACUCUGAGUGGCAGCCCUGUUAUCUCUGACAUCUCCCUCAUCCGGCUUUCACCACAUCCUGCAGGUCCUGGAGAGUCACCCUUCAACCCCCCUCACCCAUACGUGAACCCUCACAUGGAACACUACCUCCGCUCCAUGCACAGCAGUCCUACCCUAUCCAUGAUUUCAGCAGCACGAGGCCUCAGCCCAGCUGAGGUGGCCCAUGAGCACCUUAAAGAGAGAGGCCUCUUUGGCCUCCCCCCUCCAGGUGCAAACCCUUCAGAUUAUUACCAUCAGAUGACACUCAUGGCGAGCCACCCAGGCCCUUAUGGGGACCUCUUGAUGCAAGGUGGAGGAGCAACAGGUGCCCCCCACCUCCAUGACUACCUCAACCCAGUGGAUGUGUCCAGAUUUUCCAGUCCCCGGGUGACCCCAAGGUUAAGUCGCAAGCGGGCUCUGUCGAUCUCCCCACUCUCAGACGCCAGCAUUGAUCUCCAGACAAUGAUUAGGACCUCUCCGAACUCUCUGGUGGCUUACAUUAAUAACUCCCGAAGCAGUUCAGCAGCUAGUGGUUCUUAUGGGCAUCUGUCUGCAGGGGCAAUCAGCCCAGCCUUCACUUUCCCCCACCCCAUCAAUCCAGUGGCCUAUCAGCAGAUCCUGAGUCAGCAAAGGGGUCUGAGCUCAGCCUUUGGACACACCCCACCCUUAAUCCAACCCUCUCCCACCUUCCCUAGUAGGCAGCACAUGGCGGUCAUCUCAGUCAACCCCACACCAACACAGCCCAGCAACAGCAACAACUGCCUAGCUGAUUCAAACCAGAACAAGCAAAGCAGUGAGUCAGCAGUGAGCAGCACGGUCAAUCCUGUAAUUAACAAGCGCAGCAAAGUCAAGACUGAGACUGAGGGGCUGACACCAGCAUCCCCACUGACACAGGAGCAUCUGACAGACCUCAAAGAGGAUUUGGAUAAAGAUGAAUGCAAACAAGAGCCUGAGGUUAUUUAUGAGACCAACUGUCACUGGGAAGGCUGCGCGAAGGAAUACGACACCCAGGAGCAACUUGUCCAUCACAUUAACAACGACCAUAUUCAUGGAGAGAAGAAAGAGUUUGUCUGUCGCUGGCAGGACUGUACCCGGGAGCAGAAGCCGUUCAAGGCUCAGUAUAUGUUGGUGGUACACAUGCGCAGGCACACUGGCGAGAAGCCACAUAAAUGCACGUUUGAAGGAUGCUCAAAAGCCUACUCUCGACUGGAGAACCUAAAGACGCAUCUGAGGUCCCACACGGGCGAGAAACCUUAUGUGUGUGAACAUGAGGGAUGCAAUAAAGCCUUCUCUAAUGCUUCUGACCGGGCCAAGCACCAAAACCGAACUCAUUCCAAUGAGAAACCCUAUAUCUGCAAGAUCCCUGGUUGUACAAAGCGAUACACAGACCCCAGCUCCCUCAGGAAACAUGUGAAGACAGUACAUGGUCCUGAUGCCCAUGUCACCAAGAAACAGCGCAAUGAUGUCCACCCAAGGGCACCUCCACUCAAGGAGAAUGGUGAUAAUGAAGCAAGUGCCAAACAGGGCAGAGCAGGGUUGGAAGAGAAUGCUGAGGCAAACAGCACCAACCAGGCAGUGGAGGACUGCCUGCAUGUCAAAGCCAUCAAGACCGAGAACUCGGUGUUGUAUCAGUCCAGCCCCGGGGGCCAAUCAUCCUGCAGCAGUGAGCCCUCACCCCUCGGCAGCGCCAACAACAAUGACAGUGGAGUAGAGAUGACCAUGCACAGCGGGGGUAGCCUGGGAGACCUGACCACACUGGAUGACAACGCUCCUGUCGCUGACUCGACCGUCCCCUCAGGUACGUCAGCGGUCAGCCUGCAGCUGCGCAAACAUAUGACGACCAUGCAAAGGCUUGAACAACUCAAGAAGGAGAAGCUUAAGACAGUCAAGGAUUCCUGUUCAUGGGCAAACCCGGCUCCUCAAGUCCGAAACACCAAGCUGCCUCCUAUUCCGGGAAAUGGCUCUAUUAUGGAAAACUUCAGCGGGCCCACAGCCCCCCUGCCCAACCCGAGGAUCAUGGAGCUGUCGGUGAACGAGGUGACCAUGCUCAACCAACUGAAUGAGCGAAGGGACAGCACCACCAGCACUGUGAGCUCCGCCUACACCGUUAGCCGCAGAUCCUCCGGCAUCUCCCCAUACUUGUCUAGCCGCCGUUCCAGCGAGGCUUCUCCCUUUGGGAGCCGCCCCAAUAAUGUCAGCUCGGCCGACUCCUACGACCCCAUCUCCACCGACGCCUCCCGCCGCUCCAGCGAGGCCAGCCAGUGCAGCGGAGCUCCAGGGCUGCUGAACCUCACGCCGGCUCAGCAGUACAGCCUGAAAGCCAAGUACGCUGCAGCCACCGGCGGUCCCCCACCCACUCCCCUCCCAAAUAUGGAAAGGAUGAGCCUCAAGAAUAAGAUGUCUCUCCUUGAUCCAUCAGAGCCUUCUCUGCCACCUCCCUUCCAGCGUCCACUAGGACCAAGGCGUGGGAGCGAUGGACCAGGGUACGGGUAUGGUGCCGCCCCCACCUUCCCCCAUGAGGUUACUGGCAACGGGACGAGGCGAGCAAGCGACCCUGUAAGGAGACUGGCUACUGAGCCUUUGUCCCUCCCCCGGGUGCAGCGCUUCAACAGCACCAACAGCAUGAACCCGCCUCAUCUGCCACCCUGCACAGAGCGGAGGAACUUUAGCCUCCAGAAUUACACCCGCUCAGAUGGAACCUUGCCCCGCCACAUGUAUUCACCUCGCCCUCCAAGCAUCAGUGAGAAUGUAGCUAUGGAGACAAUGGUAGGCGAGGCCGAUGGCCCCAGUGGGGAGGAUGACAUCAUGUUGCCUGAUGAUGUAGUACAGUAUAUCAAGUCACAGAGUACCGGUGCCCCUGAAGAGAGUAAUUCCCUGGCUUACCAUGGAGAAGCCCCAAGUUUCCCUGGGAGCCUGAAGCUGCCAAGCCCGGGUCUACACGGCCCACGCAGAAUGGUGGCUUCCAACUCUCCUGGGAGCCAGCCAGCCCCCAUGAUGGCUGAUUGCCAGCUUGGCUAUGGUAACCCCACCAACCUGAACAAAAACAAUAUGCCUGUGCAGUGGAAUGAGGUAAGCUCAGGCUCUGUGGACGUCCUUUCCAACCAGCAGGCCAAACAGUUUGCUCAGGGCAACUUAGCUGUGGUACAACAGAAGCAGACCUUUGGGCAGUACCAGAGCUACAAUCAGCAGGUCAUGCAGACAAGCCCCAGUGAUCUCGACAGCACUCAGUCCAGCCUCCUUCCAAGAAAUGGGGUUGUUCCUGGGCCCAGGGUCAAUUACAUGCAGGUCCGGCAACCACUACAGGCCAAUCCCUGCCCCAACAUGAACCCAGAUUUGAGCCCUGACACCGCGUAUAGCCAGCCUCACCCCAUGCUGAGCCCAAAUACAAUGGGGGCAGACAUUAGCCAGCUCUCUCCAUCCUGUAGCAAUAUGGGAGUCAAGGCAGGGCACCUGGGCCUCCCUCAGCAAAUGGAUGUUGCCUCUGACCCUUCCCUAAUGGUAAACAACCGGAGGGAGCACACAUUACCCAACCCAGCUAUGCAUAUGGUGACCCCACAGAACUACUCACAGCAAAGCCAUCACCUGCCACCUUCCAUGAGCCAAGAAGGCUAUCACCAGUCCCCGGCUCUUCUGAGCUCCCACCAACCCAAUUUUGUUGACCCCCAGCAGAACAUGAUGGGGUCAGUGGGACAGAGCUUUGGACCAGGCCUAGUACAGCCACGUCCACCCCCGGAGCCAAGCCCAGCCAACAGACACCGAGGGGUACGCUCUUCACAACAGCUGGGAUACAUGAGAACCACGGCAUAUCCUAUGGCCACUGGAACCCCCAGCCAGGAGACUGGGGAAGCUAUUCCCAAAUCAAUAAAUGACAUGGUCUCGCCACCACAGCAGCAGCAGCAGCAGCAGCAACUGCCACAGCAGAAUACCAAUGGGCCCCGGGAUAACAGCAUGAUGUACUACUACGGGCAGAUCCACAUGUAUGAACAGAAUGGAAAUUUUGAGAAUCAUGUGGACUGCCGGGUAAUGCAGCAGCAACAACAGCAGCAGCAGCAGCAGCAGCAGCAGCAGCAGCAACAGUGUCCAUUAAACAGCAUCAAGCCACAUGCCAUGGCCUCCCCAGGAGCCAAUCAGGUUUCAAGCACUGUGGACUCCCAGCUACUGGAGCCCCCACAGAUUGAUUUUGAUGCCAUCAUGGAUGAUGGCGAUCAUUCAAGCCUAAUGUCGGGGACCCUGAGCCCCAGCAUUCUUCAGAAUCUCUCCCAGAAUUCCUCCCGCCUCACAACUCCACGGAACUCCUUGACCCUGCCCUCAAUCCCAGCAGGGAUAAGCAAUAUGGCUAUUGGGGACAUGAGCUCCAUGCUAACAACAUUAGCAGAAGAGAGCAAGUUCCUUAACAUGAUGUCUUAACACAAAGCACAAGGAGGCAAGGAGGGAGGGGCUGUUUGCCAAGCAAUCUGAUGAAUGUGCUUUUGAAAAAUAAUCACUUCCUAGAAAAUAGAGAUUUUUUUUCCCCAACAAGUAUUAAAUACAUGAAAGGGAUUUUAACAAAUUAUCUGUACAGACUUCAUGAACUUUUUAGAGGCAUUUUUGUACCUCUGUGGUGUGUCUCUAGUCGUUUUUUGACUUCUUUUACAGAACACUGAGAAAUGUUACAAUGGAGAAGGGGCUGGGGGACUCCUACAAGCAUUUUCAAGCCUUCCAUGUAAAUGCACAACUAUUCUCUGGCUCCCUCCCUUGUGUUAUUUGACUAAUUGAAAACUUCUCAUUAGCCACAAGCUUUUUCCUAAACUAUUUUCCAAGCAGAUUUGGGGAGGAGGAGUGGUGAGGAAAGGAAGUUGUAUUUUGGUGUGAAUUUUAAAGCUAUGAUGCAUAUUUAGCUCCUAUGAAAUUUGGUGAUCCUUAUGGUGCCAGUGAGGUAAAGUAUUCUUUACCCCCAGUCCCCUCCCCAAUUCUUCUUUAAGAAUACUAUAGUGGAUCAGUAAGUACCCUGGCACAGAGGAGAAACCACCAAUCCCAUCCAACCACUCCAAAAGUGCCUUACUAUGCUCUGGUAGGGAAGUAUCAAAAUAUAGGGCCUGAUGUUAGGAAGGCACCAAAUUAUAGGGCCUGCAAUCUUUGUAAGAUAUGUGUGCAUUAAUAAAACAUUCCAGUGUUGCUAGAAUGACAUACCCAUGGGCUGAGUUCAGAAUGGUGGCUCCCUUGUAUCCAGUGUGUUUACAGUGUCGUUGACAUUGUAUUUAAAAUGAACCCCAUCCAGAAGAAGAACACUCAUUUUUAUAUACCUCUAAGGUAAUGAUGAUCCUAUAUAUUAGGGAUAGACCAAACUUGGUGUGACACAUUGGAAUUGUACUUUCCAAAGGAGGUGGGUAGGGGCAGUGAUACCUACCAUUGGUGGGAAACCAUUCUUUUUUCCUUCCUAGGAUUGUCAUCCUACUCAAGAAGAAUAUUAGGAGUCUACUUAAAAAUCUGGUGUCAAGAAAGAGAGAAAUAUGCAUUUACCAAAAGCUUCUAUCUUUUCCUAAUACAUUAUCCUCUUGCUUUGCUAUGAAAAAUGCUGUAGGGCUUUCUCACAGCCCCUCCCUACCCCACCCCCCAAGUCUCUGAAGGGCACUUAUUCUCCCAGCAGAACGAUAGCGUCCAAUCCUCUGACAAUGCUCAUUACUCUCAGCUGAGUUACAAAUGGGUUAUACCAGCUGUAUCUCCAAAAUACCCCUUCCUCCUCCCACCUCCCAUUCAUUCAUAAAGGAAUGAUGAGUAUUGCAUGGUACGCCAGCUCAGGGGCUGGGCUGGACCAGCCCUUGGGAGCACUGAGGGACUGUCACUAAAUUCUCCUGCUCAGAGGGGCUUGGCCCAAUUUGGAAUAUGAAGAAUGCAUUUGGAGCUUGGAUUUCCAGGGGUAACACUUGUAUCCCCCAAUUUUUAUAAUGGGGUUUGCAGCUGUCAAAAUCAAACCUACUACUCCGUUAUCAGUGAUAUGGGAUAUUUUCUCAUCCUCUGACAUGACUUAGGCCUUUUUAUGUCCUGUGACUGCUGAGGGGAUCAGUGGACAAAGUCAGAAUGAUUAGUCCUGUGCUUCACUAUCUAUCAUACAGUGCCCUGAACUCUUACUUUUAAAAGGUCAGCUCUAAAUGCACAAAUCUUGGAUGUUCCAAAGGUCCCGAAGAGUCUCUGGCUUCCUAAUGGUGUUCACUCAUUUACUGAGAUAGUAUUAUGAUAACCAUACCGAAUUUGUAUAUAUUCUGUAUAGAAGACACCAUUACUAAAAAUACUGUAGGUGAAUGUUGGGUCAGAUUUAUAUCUCAGAAACAUUUUUAGCUGUUUUCUACAUCCUACAAAUUGAGAUGACACACUCAACUUGUAAAUAACUCUUUUUGUACAUUAAAAAUAAUUUUUCAUAAUUUAUUUUGUCUGUCUGCUUACUCCUAGGCAGUAGUUAAUGAAAACCAGGACAGUAAUUUUUGCAUUUGAAAUGAGUUUAGACUAUAUUUUUUCUUUGAUAUUGACAUUGCUUUCUAGCCAAAGAAACAUUUUAAAUUGGAGUGUUGGCUAACCAAUUUGGUUCCUGCAGCUGAGAGCUUGGUGGCUCAUCCGGGCAUGAUUCUAAACACUAAGUAGUUUUAUAAUCAGUUUUUAUAACUGGGUCAAUUUGUAGAUUCUUAAAACUGGAAAAGAUCUGGGAGGUAAUCUACUUUCCUUUCUAGAGAGGAGGAAAUUAAAGAAGCCAAGAAAGGUAGCAAAGCCAACUCAGGUUUCCUCAUGUCCAGACCAAUAUUUUUUUUUUCUGAAGCAAUUG